AUGGCUCUGAUAGGCUGGGGCAAGACGCAGACAGGGCAAUUAUCAGAUGAGCUUCGCGAACUCGGCAGGCUGGGCAUCGAAUCCUCUGUGUGUAAAAAGGUGUUUGGAUCUUACAUAACCGACCACCAUUUCUGCACCACUGGGACAGACGUCAAACACAUUUGCCUGGGUGACUCGGGGGGACCUGUGAUGACCGUGGAGAGGUCAAGGUUCUUCCUCACGGGCGUCAUCAGCUUCGUGGCCACCAAGAACUGCGACGGCGAGUACCCGGAUGGACACACCUCCGUCUCUCACUUCCUAGAUUGGAUUCAGGAAACCACGGGCCACACCAUCUACUAG